CUCGCCGCUGUUUCCACACGGUCGUAUUUGAUAGCGGGACCAGCGCAGCACGGCGGAGCAGCAGCCAUGGCUAAAAGUGAUGGAUGCGAUUACUUUAAAAGAACCAGCACGUUUUGGAUCGUCUUCGUGACACUGGGGAUGGGAUAUUACACUUGCAUCGUGUUCGCGCCGGAAACGAUCCCAUUCAAGCAGCUCGGCCCCUUCGGCAGCUUCUGCAGACACUUGGUGGAUAACUACGCUGGCAUUAUGUACAAAGGAUGGUGGGCCUCCUGGGCCAUCCAUGUCACUGAGGCCUACAUUGCAUUAAGGGUGUGCAGCAACAAAGGCAUCAGCGACGCGGCUACUCGCUGCCUGUGGGUUGUCCAGACCUUUCUGUUCGGCUUCGCCUCCCUCGGCCUGCUCAUCAAGUACGACCCCAAGCGCCCCAAACAGCACUGAUUCCAGCGGCAGGGGCCCACAGAACAACGCGGCGUCAACUGCGAUGAGGAAGAAGGUCACUUCCCUGGGCCUCCUCUUCUUCCUCCAACGUCUUUCCUCAUUGAUCUGACAUCCUGCGGUGGAAGAAAAUUGAGCCCUUUCACUGUCAUGCUAUCUCUUCAGAUACAAAGGUGUCCAAUAAUUAUUCCUAAAAUGGAAAUUAAUCUCCAUUUCAUUCCAUCGGUUUUAUAUUAACAGACUGUAGAGGUUUUUUAUUGAUAAUAAUAUUAACAGAUGAAUUUGGCCUGUGCUGAAUAUUUAGUGCAAUACAAGGGGAUCUUUAAUAAGAAUACUUUUGUACUCUUUCUUUACGUUUACAUUGAGCCUGAGAGACAGCAGGAUAUUCUCUCAGCUGCUGUGAUGAAGAAACCUUUUGGCUGCCGAUGGGACGUUGACGUCAACCUCAAAAGUUCUCCGGGUUAAAAUGUAAAGAGAGCUGCUGUACGCGGUUCAUGUUCCCAUCCGCCUUUCAUAUGCUGCAGUGCCUUGAGUUCAACUUUUUAAGUUAACACAGCGAAAAUAAAGAGUGACUUAACAAACUUAA